CAGUUGUAUACGGCACUUCGAAAUAUCGAACGUUCGAGAACGUGAAAAUUCUUUUGUUUCUAUAUAUUACUGUGAUACUUAAAUUUAAUAACAAAAAACGUAAAAUAAUUUAAAAAGUUUAACUCUUUCACAAAACAACAAUGAUUAUACCAGUUCGUUGUUUUACAUGUGGAAAAGUGAUUGGCAAUAAGUGGGAAGCCUACCUUGGUCUGUUACAAGCAGAGUACACAGAAGGAGAUGCUCUUGAUGCAUUGGGAUUAAAACGAUAUUGCUGCCGCAGAAUGCUUCUUGGACACGUAGAUUUGAUCGAAAAGCUUUUAAAUUAUGCACCAUUAGAAAAAUAAAAAUUUAUAAUUUUUAUUUUCUCAUUUCAUAUCACAUAUUAAAAUAUACAUUUGUUACAUGACAUAAAGACUUUGUUAUUUAUAUAGAAAUAUAUUUUUCAAAUUAUGUACAAAAUGGGGUAGAAUAAAA